UUAUAAGAUCCGUUGCUAAGAACUCUGUCGAUCGGAUGAUCGGUGAAAAUGACGAUAAACUUUCAACAAGCGAUAAUGAAUAUCAUAAAUAACGUUUUGAGAACGAUUUUGAUCGAAGUACAAGAGAUUUCCGUUAUUAUUAUUUUUUUUUUAUAGAAAACAGAUUGUUAAAAUUAAACGAAGAUACGUUCGAUGAAAAGCUCUACGAUUUGCGACCAGUUUGCUUAUUACAGGUUGAAGUUUCUCUUUUUUUUUUCUUUUACCAUGCUAUUUUACGAUUUGUUUAUAAAGAAACAUUCGAUAAAUUGGUUUAGCGUGUUGAAGAUAAUAGGUGAAACUGUUCCUUAUUUUCAAAUGCGCUAACAUUUCGUUCACGAACGCAAUAUACAUGUUUCUUCAAAUUCGCCAUUUCUCUAAGCUGUUCGGAUUUUCGUUGAUUAUCUAACUUCCAAUUUAGCCGAACAUCAUUACGAAAGAGCGCUUGGAUUUCGAUUAUCACAUCAGCUUCUUAACUCAUUCACUAGAAAUAUGUUCUCAUCAGUAUUUCGUUUCGCUGCUCACUGAAGAGCAGUUGGAGUUAUCAUUAGAUUACGGUCGUUACAGUAUUGCAUUAUAAAAUCUGCAACGAUGCAUUCCAAAACGAUACACCGUCGUUACUCAGAUAUCUUAUGGCAUUAGAUAUCUUCGUAACCCGAGCAAGGAAGAAGUUUUCGCCAGACGAUGUAUGCACGAUCGCAGCAACGUAUUCGAAAAAACGCUGUUCCCUGAUCGUCUCGAUUCGAGUCGGUUCGAAAUUCUUGGCCAUACUGUUUCAUGGAAGAUCAAGUCGAGGAUCAGAGGAUAAGUACAUAUUAUAUCACUGCAAUAAAAUCGGUACCAUCUUCUAAACUCGUGUAACCGCCUAUCGCACAACAGUGGCACACGCUUACACGUAUGUAUUUCGAUCGCCGACAUUGCAGCAAUAGUUACUCAUAACAACAAAUUAAUCACAUCCUAGUCGUUAUAAUCUAUAAUGAAGGGAUUGAACGAGCUACGAUAAACGAGUGAUCUAAUUUCCGGACAAAUACUGUAUAUGUAAUAAAUAUUCAAGGUAGGAAAUACGUUUCUAAAACAUACUUCUGUCCCAUUUAUUUAAUCCGUUCUUAUACAAAUUUGUUUAAACUUCUGCGAUCUACGUGACGAAUAAUAAAGGUAGAAGAGGAAGCACCACGUGGCGAACCGCGCGCAGAACAGGGGUCUCUGGAAGCUCAGUUACAGUCCUGCAGUCCCUACAGUGUUGAAUUGCAUGAUUAUCGCUUCUUUAUAAAGCGGCGAAUUAAAAUGUUGAGAACAGAAGGUGCUAAGUUGGUGAUAGGCGUUCAAGUAGAGAAUAGAGCGUUGUUCGUUGCAACAGUCGGUUGUUUAGGAGAUCGUUUCUUUUUUCCUCGGCUGUCGCUUCUUAAAAGAUGUUGCUCGCGCAGUGGAGGAUCUUACUUCCGGUUUUCUUCAGCUCGCAAGUAGUAUUUGCGAUAUUUGCGGGUACAAACGAACAUCUGUCGUCCUACAAAUCUCACACGAAAGUCUGCAUUCCGGGAACCAUUCUGAACCUUAACAAUACAGGCCUGACAAGAAUCGGAGACGUUUUCGCUAAUACCUCGGACAUAAGGGAGUUGUAUCUUAACGACAACGAAAUCGCGUACAUUUCUGAUAAAGCGUUCGACAUGAUGGAAGGGCUAGAAAUUUUGAGCAUCUCCGGCAACAUAAUACCUCUCGAUGAAUGGUCGUGGCUCCGCUACCACGCAACAUUGCGGAGUCUGAUUAUAAACAAUAACAAGUGGAGAACCAAGCACAGAGGUAAAUACGACAUCAGCAUCCCAAACACAUUUGGAUAUUUACCGAAUCUGGAAAUCUUGUCGUUAAGAGGUAACGAUAUUUCUCAAUUCGACGUUCCCCUUGACAAAUUCACGCCUAGACUAAGGAAAUUGGACUUGUCGGAAAAUUACAUUCAAUCGUUCAGUUUCCUCGACAAUAUACCGGAAACCAUGGAGAUCAUCCUGUUGGAAAAGAACAGAUGCCCGUGCCAGGUUCGAAAGCUUCCAGCUAACAUCAGAGUUCUGUUUCUGAACGGAAACCAAGUAACAGAAUUGUGCGAUGCACAUUGCACGCACUCGCACUCGCUGUCGUUAAAAGGGCUCGAGUGGUUGAAUAUUUUGAACGUGUCCAACAACAAUAUCAACAGCAUAGAGAGCGACGCAUUCAAGGAUACAAUACAUGUGCAAACGAUAGAUCUAUCCCAUAACUACAUAGGAUCGGUAUCGGAACACGUUUUCCGGGGACUGUCUAGCCUGAAGGAACUUCGCAUGAGUCAUAAUCUGCUGCAGAUUGUGCCGAAUUUGAGCUCGUUGAAUAGCUUGAGAUACUUGGAUUUAACCAACAAUUACAUCGAGGAGGUGACGAAUUUGAACUAUUUGAAGUUCAUCGAGACGCUAGAAUGGUUGGAUUUAUCGAAUAACCGCAUCAAAGUACUUCCCAUGAUGCUAAUUUACCAUAAAAAAUCCUUUGAAUGGAAUCUCUUGCUGAAAAAUAACAGUAUCAUGGACAUCGAUGAUCUGUUUACGGAUAAGUGUUUGGAAAUACAGCUUAUAUUGCAUCUUCAGAACAAUCCUUUCUCGUUCUUCAAAUUCAACAUGUUAACGGUACACAUGAAAGAACCUGUGCUGCCUAGCGUGGAGAGCAACACGAUAUCGACCGAGAGUUCAGAAGAAUUCACAAUAUAUUCUGACGAGAACUAACGAUCUCGAUGCCGAUAUAUCUUCCUAUCUACGUUUCGUAUGCUGUACCAGAUGACCUCGAGGAUUUCACGUGCGAGUUUCUACGUGGUUUUCAACGGGGUUGAAAACGACUACUCUUCACACGAUUGAAAUUCGAGAAUCGAGCAUCAAGAAGAAACGUAGAAGAAGAAGAAGGUUCGUCGACAUUUUUACAUUUUUUCAUUUCUAUUACCAUCGCCGCUAUGUUUCAAACAUUAACGUUAUUGUUGUUUCAUUGAAAAUACAAAGUCUUUGUAUUUUGUAAACGAUUGAUAUAAAAUAAAUAUUCGCUGUACGUCAAUCACGUUUACGUAUA